GGCUCUUGAUGAUACAUUUUGAUAUUAUUUAAGGAUUAGUAUGGCUUAUUACAAUUCUUAUUUCAAUUAUUUUAGACUGUUUCAUUGUCCAAGGCCGUCUAAUUGUUCAAUCCUCACUCAGAUAUCCAAGUCUUGUCGUUUUCUUUUGUCUCCACAUCCUUCAGUUUGAUUAUAACCAAUUAGAGCCCAAACUAACUAUAUGGAUAGAAAAUGACGUUUAAUUCCACCGAACUCGAUAACAUACUCCGUCGCCUUUCUUCUGCUUCUCAGGGUAGAAAUCAUGCUGGUAGCACAAAUCAAGUGCCAAAACUUUCGAUUCGUGAGGCCGUACUCUACAGGGAGCACGAAAAGAAAAGAAAAGAACGGGAAGAAAAGGAAAUAAAAGAACAAGAAGAAAAGGAAGAAAAGAUGGCUCUCAUUGUAGCAAACGCCAGUGCUUUCACAGCGCCCGCUGUAUACGGCUUCUCACUCGUUAAUUCUGCUUGAACUCAGUGUUUCCCCGCCGCUGUCUUCGUUCUGCCUCUCCGAAUUUACUUGAAUUAAAUAUCAGGGAGCAAGCCCCAACUGGGUAUAAGCAAAAAUGCGUCUGCCCCACUUCUGAUCUAUUUGUGAUAUAUUGUGAAAGGUUGGAAUAUCACUUUUGUGAUGGUGAUGACUUAUCCAUACUCUUGCCCCUUUUCACCCCGCUCGCCCCUUCCUUAAUUGGCCUUCCCUCCAUGCCCUGAUUCAUAUCUAAGUCAUACUCCAACGCUCAACACUCA